GGGGUUUUUUCUUCUUCUUUAGAUCUGAUUGUUUCCCGAGAAAAUUGCGGAUGAAAGAUCUUGAAUCCUACAUUCGCUUAUCUUCGUCUUAAUCGGAUUCAAAGGAAGUGAAUAAGUUUUAGUCUGAGUUCCUGCUUUCGUGUUCUGCGUUGAAACCGAAUUCUCUCCUCAAUAGUUGAUUUACAGAUCUCCGAAGUUGGCUCCCCUAAGAAGAUCACAGCGCCACAUGGGCGGCCAGAUGCAGCAGAGCAAUGCUGCGGCUGCGACGGCGCUAUACGACGGUUCUCUUCACCAUGCGGGACCUGCAAAUGAUGCAGGUGAUGCGGUCAUGGCUCGGUGGCUCCAGUCUGCUGGUUUGCAACAUUUGGCCUCUCCCGUUGCUUCUACUGCCAUUGACCAGCGUCUUCUCCCCAACCUUCUCAUGCAGGGUUAUGGAGCACAAACCGCUGAAGAGAAGCAAAGACUUUUCAAACUAAUGAGAAAUCUAAACUUUAAUGGGGAGUCUGCUUCUGAACCGUACACUCCAACUGCCCAAACAUCAGCAGCUUUGUCCUCAUCGGAUGGAUUUUAUUCACCUGAAUUCAGAGGUGAUUUUGGAGCUGGGUUAUUGGAUCUUCAUGCAAUGGAUGAUACGGAACUGCUAUCUGAGCAUGUGAUUUCGGAACCCUUUGAGCCAUCACCUUUCAUGCCUAAUGUUAAUAAAGCAUUGGAAGAAGACUUCAAUUUGCCAGCUAGCCAGCAGCAACGACAGGAAACAGAUGCUGAACCCUCGGGUUCACUUCCCAAGGGCGAAAAAGAAAAUAGUGUGAGAGAGAACAAUUUAGCCAAGAUUAAAGUAGUGGUAAGAAAGAGACCCCUAAAUAAGAAGGAAGUUGCAAGAAAGGAGGACGAUAUUGUGUCCGUAUCUGAUAAUUCUUUGACCGUCCACGAGCCAAAGUUAAAGGUGGAUUUGACUGCUUACGUGGAAAAGCAUGAGUUCUGUUUUGAUGCAAUUCUGGAUGAAUAUGUUUCAAAUGAUGAGGUGUACAGGGCUACAAUUGAACCGAUUAUCCCCACUGUUUUCCAGAGAACCAAAGCUACCUGUUUUGCAUAUGGGCAAACAGGUAGCGGCAAGACGUACACAAUGAAGCCACUGCCUAUCAGAGCUGCUGAAGAUCUUCUGAGGCUGUUGCAUCAACCUGUGUACUGCAACCAGAGAUUUAAAUUGUGGCUCAGCUACUUUGAGAUAUAUGGUGGAAAGCUAUUUGAUCUUCUCAAUGACAGAAAGAAACUUUGUAUGCGAGAAGAUGGUAGACAGCAAGUUUGCAUUGUUGGACUUCAAGAGUAUGAAGUUUCAGAUGUUCAAGUUGUGAAGGAAUUUAUUGAGAAAGGCAAUUCUGCAAGGAGCACAGGAUCGACUGGUGCCAAUGAGGAAUCUUCAAGAUCACAUGCUAUUCUACAGCUUGUUGUCAAGAAGCAUGUCGAGGUAAAAGAGACCAGACGGAAUAAUAAUGAUGGUAAUGAAUCACGAGGAAAAGUUGUGGGCAAGAUAUCUUUCAUCGAUCUUGCUGGCAGUGAAAGAGGUGCAGAUACCACGGACAAUGACCGCCAGACAAGGAUUGAAGGUGCAGAAAUCAACAAGAGUCUGUUGGCUCUUAAGGAAUGCAUCCGAGCCCUGGAUAAUGAUCAGCUACAUAUACCAUUUCGUGGAAGCAAACUAACAGAAGUGCUCCGUGAUUCUUUCGUUGGAAACUCGAAAACUGUGAUGAUUUCUUGCAUCUCUCCAAAUGCUGGAUCGUGUGAACAUACCCUAAAUACAUUAAGAUAUGCUGAUCGGGUGAAGAGUUUGUCUAAAAGUGGAAAUGGCAAGAAGGAUCAAACUGUCAAUUCAUUGCCACCAGCUAGUAAGGAUGCUUCAUUGGCUUCUUCUCAACCUGUUUGUAACGAUGUGGAAGAUAUCUUUGAGCCUCCACAGGAAGUGAAUGUACGUGACACGGGAAAUAGGGUGGAGGACGAAAGUUAUUUUAGUUCAGGUAUUGGAUUCAAGCAGCCUACGACGAAUUAUUAUCCAUCUUCGUAUCCCAUUAACAUCAGAGAGGAAAGUGGAAUACCGACCAUCUCAAUGGACAGAGCAAGACCAGCGGAGAUGAGUAAUUCUACUGGUGGUUCUACUAGUCAACGGAUCUACCCAUCUUCAUAUUCUCAGGACACUACCGACCUGGAAGAGAAAGUGAAGAAGGUAUCACCGCCUCGUAGGAAAGGGUUUGGGUUUGGAGAAGAAAAAGAAAAACAAGACCAACCUCGGAACUUGAAAAGAAGAGAUGGCGGCACAUCGGAAGCUCCUCCCGUGACCACCAACCCUAUGCAGCAUAAUGUUGCUUCAAGACAAUAUGAUACAGAGCCUUCUCUUGAUGAGAAUCUCGAUGCACUGCUCGAGGAAGAAGAAGCCCUAAUCGCAGCGCACAGAAAGGAAAUAGAAGACACAAUGGAAAUAGUGCGAGAGGAAAUGAAAUUACUAGCGGAAGUAGAGAGGCCAGGGAGCAUGAUUGAUGACUACGUAACACAACUGAGCUUUGUGUUGUCGAGGAAAGCGGCAGGUCUCGUCAGCCUUCAGUCACGCCUUGCUCGGUUCCAGCACCGUCUCAAAGAACACGAAAUCCUCAGCCGCAAGAGAGCCCCCCCUCGGUAGAUACAUACAGACUGCUAACUGUCCUCUGUUUAUAUCCAUUUCAAAGUGGUAUUAUCAUUGCCUUGUAGUAGCAGUAGCAGUGCAUCAUCUCUUACAAAGGCAACACUCCGAAGAUCAUAGAAAGAGUUCCCAGUGAGCGUGUGCCUGUGUGUGUGUGUGUGUGUGUGUGUGUGUGUGUUGGGGGUGAUGAUAUUAAGUCUCGGUUUCAUUCCGACAGGUGAGUGGAGAACUCUCUCUCUCUCUCUCUCUCUCUCUCUCUCUCUCGUGUGCAGUCUGCGCAAACAUGAAAAAAAAAGACGUUAAUGGUUUGGCUGUGUUGGUGGUGAAUGUGGGGGCUUAUGUGGUUUUUAUUAA